AGCCCAAGCCGGGCUACACGGGCAAAAGCGCCCCGGCCCAGCCGGCUCCCUUUCCUUCCGCUGCUCGCUUGCCACAUGCGGGGGAAGCAGGCAGCCCCGCUCCCUCCGGAGCAGCCGCGCAACUGCGGCCGCCUCCAGCCCUCCCCGGCCCGCAAGAGCCGCCUUCGAGAGGCGGAGCGGGCAGCCCAGCGCAGCCAAUCUCCGGCGCCCCGGCCGCUGCCCUGGCCGAGCCCAGCGCGUCGGCGGGGGAUGCUGCUCGGCUGGCGGCGGCGGAGCGGGGCCAAGGCAGGGCGCGGGUGGCGCGGCCACAUUGUUGCGUCCCUGCUAAGUCUGGGCGGCUGGGAAGGCAGAGCGCGGCGGUGGGUUUCCUGGCGCUGAUCCCCGCUUGGCUGGAGGGGCUGCGAGACCGUCGGAAGCGCGCGGGGAGGGCAAACCCAGGCCAGGGCAGGGCAGGGCAGGAGGCGCCCUCCCUCCCUUCCCCUCCCUUCCGGCCGUUGAGAGGGAGAGCUGGGGAAGACCUUCCUGCUCCUGCAGACGCGGCGGGGAGACAGGUGGUUUUGCCCCCUCCUUUUCUCCCCCCCCCCACGCUGCUCCACAAGCGUCCUCCCUCGCAGGGCCGUCGUGCAAAGGCGGAAUCCGCCCCAGCCACUUCAUCAGCCAGCAAGCGCCUGAGAGUUUGGACGGCCGCAUUCGUGACCCGGCUGAAGCUGGCUGGCUGGGGGUUCUGCUCCUGGGGUCUUCUAAGCCCCCUUCCUCCCUCCUGGCUCCCGAAAGGGGGGGCAGGCAGUCUGUGGAGAAAGGACUACUGACAUUUCAUGGUUCGCCCCCUGGACGGUGUCCUGGCUUUGAUCUUCUCUAACUCGCACCUGCUGCCCCCCAGUCCAGGCCGGGAGGUCCCCUGGACCAUGAGUCGCUACAGCUUCUCCAACCUGAUGGACUGGAUAUAUGGCGGAGUGGACCCCAGCUUUGAAGGCAACGGGGGUCGCGAGUGCGCUGCCUUCAUCCCUUGGGAGCAGCGUCUGCUGGAGAGCCUGGUCUUCACCACCAUGGGAAUUCUGGAGAUCCUGGUCUCUCUGCAGAAGAUCAGAAGGUCCACAGCCAGGGAAGCUGCUGACCUCUUGGCUCAGUCCCAGGUCAAGGAGGAAAGUUGGGGCAAAAACCUCUUGCUGGUGACCCUUUGCCUGACUUUUGGACUUGAAGUGGGAUUCAAGUUUGCCUCCAGGACGGUCAUCUACUUGCUGAACCCGUGCCAUGUGGUUACCAUGAUGCAGAUUUUUCUACUGGCUUGUCCACCUUGCCAUUUCGCCAUGAUUCUAUUCAGGUUGCAAAUGCACAUGCUGAAUGGGGCUCUUCUUGCUCUCCUGUUUCCUGUGGUUAACACCCGCCUGCUACCUUUUGAAAUGGAAAUUUAUUACAUUCAACAUAUCAUGCUCUAUGUUGUCCCAAUUUACCUGCUACGGAAAGGAGGUGUCUACACUCCUGAGCCAUCCGGCAAUUUUUGGUGGGCCUUGCUCUCCACUGGGUUGAUGUUUGUCUACCACUAUAGCUUUUUACAGAUCUUGGGACUCAUCACUGAAGUGAACUUGAACAACAUGCUGUGCCCGGCUAUUUCUGAUCCUUUCUAUGGCCCUUGGUAUAGAAUCUGGGCAUCGGGACACCAGUCCAUCAUGACCAUGUUCCAUGGAAAACUCAUAAUUCUCCUUUUCUAUAACACUGUCCCUUUCUUUAAGCUCGGUGUGGAUGUACUACGAUUUCCGGCUAAGAAAGUAUCCUGAGACGCCAUCCUGGUUCUUAUUUCUUUGUUGAAGGAUCUAGAGAAGAACCAUUGUAUUUGGGGUUGGAGAAGAACACUGCCUAUAUUGUUUUUGAUUUUUUUCUUCUAUUAUGACAUCAGAUUUAUCUUCCCACUAUUCUGCUGAAUCUACAUUACCUGUAGCUGGCAAGGAUGGCGAAAUACAUAGGCUUAUUUACAAAAAGCCACAAGUAGACUUAGAGAGCAACUUCUGAUCUUGCCGCCUUGGACCUUUGGAGUUUCAGAUGUUCAUCAUAUCAAAGACUAUGGCUGAUGGAAAACAUUAUUCUGUUUGUUCAUGACUUCAGUCAGUUUUCUUCCUGUGUGGCAGCUCUUAGGUUUUUCAGCACAGAACCUCUUCUUGUCUCAUGUAGACUUUGAGCAUGAAUCGUAUUGGGUGCUUCCUCACUAUCAGUGUAGAUGCGAAGGUUCUUGCAUGGUUGAAAUUGGUUAAAUUUAUGGGGAACAAUAACAAUCUACAUGCCAAACACUGCCUUCUGGAACUCCUGAAAGUUUAAGCUGAAGCCUGUUCAGAUGCCAUCGUAUCUGCUGGCACCUUCCAGAUUGUUCUUCUAAAUUAAUUGGUGAAAAAAACAACUUAAUUGCUGGAUUAAGAUUUAGGAGAUGGAUUUGUCUCAGUUAAAGGCACUGACCAAGAAAAUCUGCCAAUUUGGAAUUGGACUCUGUCAUAGCUAAGUAUACUUACGUAAAUGUAUUACAUAUUGUACAUACAUGUAUUCAAUGUUAUGUCCACAUAUAUAUCAACUUCCCCCUUCUAGGACACUCCAGAAGAAAGCAUAACCUUUCUUCAUUCAUGAUUCACCAUCUAGCAAGACUGUGCUAGAUAAUAACCCUGCAGACCAACAUAUUUGGAGAUCCUUGGGGAAAACAGCACACAUUCAGGUUUGACUGACAUAGUCAAGCUGGUGCAUUGGUGUAAAUUGGAGAAAAGUAAUCCUCCGAAGCAGAAUCUCUAGCUUUCUGACUUGUUGCUGUGAUAGUUGUUCUGAAUUAGAUUCCUGCUUCUCUUUUGUACCAUCCCGCCAGUGUCUCCAGUUGUAUUGCCUUACAAGUCCCAUGCUGGGCAGCCUUUGAUACCUCAAGCAGAGAAAAUUUGCCUUAAGGUCAACCUUAUCUGCUCUUUCCACCCGAAUGUGGGAAGUAAUGGGGUGGGGUGGGGCGGGUGCUCACCAUGAAGAACUUCAAAAGAACUUCAUUCCCGUUGACAAAAACUUCAAUCUCGUUGGAGUGUGGUGUGAUCAGAGAAUUAAUCUUCUACUUGGGGGCUUUAUAGAUCUUGGGGUUCUUUUUGCAUUUGUAAUUGUUGAGACAAAUAUUUGUAAAUAUUCAGCUGUGAAUAUUCUUCAGUUGUCACAUUUCUAUCAGAAAAGAUAGUUCCUUUUAUGCUGCCCAGUGGGAAAUUUCCUCUCUGUUUCUUGGGCCAAAUUCCUGAUGUCAAAAUCCCAGUGGGGUCCUGGGGAGCCAGGUGUCUUCUGCUGCUGCUUUGAUGAAUCUUUGAUGUUUACUCUUCAACAUGAUAUAUUUAAACAGAUAUAUGUAUAUGUAGAUUAAUAACAUAGCCAGUGUUUUAGUGUUUGUGUGAGUGCGUGUGUGCUUGUGUGACAGUUGUUCUGGACUCCUUCCAUAUAGAACCAUAAAAGGAGAUACACAUCUGUUUUAAAUAGUGCAUAUUGACUUUUCUUUUUCUUUUUAAAAGCCAAGAAUUAGCUAGGCCGAGUUUCUUAUUUGGAUCUGCCAAUGAAAGUGAUCUUUGUAUUCCUACUGUGAUCUCAAUGAUCAAUCUGGAUCUAUCCUUUGAUUCUGUGCCAUAUUAUCAUCCACACCCUUAGUUUUUUCUAGACCAUGUAAUCAGUGUGUGGGUGUCUCUUGAUCGUAGGAGACUUUGAAUUUCCUUUUAGAGCUACUUGCUCGUAAAACAGGUGCCACUUGUUUUCUUUCCAGAUCAUACAGUAGCUGAGAUGUUUCAAAAACAUUCUGUAUCUUCUGUUCAAGUCCCAGUUAUUUGAUGAAAAAGCUGCCUUGCUAGCACAACAGAUUGGGAAUUUUCUUUUUAAGUCACUUGAAGGGUUUUCUUCUACAUGCACUCUGGAUAAAUCAACCAGGGACUUGGAAGCCUCUUUUGAGGGAGCUUUUUCUUUCAUUCUGUGAUUUGGCAGAGCUGUGAAGGCUGUUGAUCCAAGUUACAACUUAUGUGAACUAGAAUUUUAGUUCUGGGCUGAAGCAAUCAGAUCCUGGAGAUCUUAGGGACUGCUGGUGCCAGAUCUGUACAGAGGUUGCUAGUCUCUGUUUGAUAAAAAUAUCACUUUCAGCAGGAAGGAUAGCUAAUAUUGUUUGUUCUAGAGCUGGGAUUUUCCUUGUUCCUUUUUCUAAAUUUAAGCUGGUGAGCUUUACUGGGGGGAAAUGUAGCAGCAGGAAAUUAUCGCCUUUCAUUCUGAAUUUUUAAGAUAAAUUCAGUGUCCUUUUGUGGCGCCCAAGUCGGGCAUUGUUGUGUCUUGUCCGCUCUCACCGCAGCCGGGGUCUGCUUAUCUGCUCCCGAACACGGAGGAAUGUAUGCCUCCCGGCCCCAGUUCUGGCUCCAUGCCCAGACAAGCUGCAGAGGAGGGGGCACCUCCCGGUCCCAGCCCUGGCUCCAUGCCCAAGCAGGCUGCAGAGGAGGGAGCAUCCCCCGGCCCCAGCCCUGGCUCCAUGCCCAGGCAAAUGGAGCAGCUAGACCCCUCCCCCUCCUCCACAGCAUGUGAGCCUGAGGAAAGUUUACUUCCAACAACAGCUGAUUGGAGUGACCCUCGCAUCAGAAGAUUGGAUAGGCGGAGGCAACAGAAGGAAGGGAGGGGCAGGCCUUAAUGAGUGCUGAGUCAUGGAGCCACACCCCAUGGCCUAUAUAAAGGAUCUGCUUUCUGGCAGUCUCUGAGUCAGGCAAAGUCGAACUUAUCUUGCUGAAGUCACUUACUGGUCUCCUGCCUGCUCUGAGGACUUUGCUAGGACUUUGGGCAGAGCUGCAGAGGCAAGCCUGAUUCGGAUUUCCCUGACCCGGCCGUCAGCGGAGGAGUGGGACACGACAGGCAUGAUCUUUGUAAAUCACUAACAGUGCAACUGCCAAGGAAGACGGUGCCACAUUUCCUUCUUGAAAUGGAAGUAUGGGAGGAUUUCCCAUGUAGGGGCAAAAAAUGUAGUUAGAGGGAUACACGUUUUAAUUUAUAGAUUGGUUGGGGGGAAGGAAAUAAUAAUAGCAUAAAUCGGUUAACCCGAAGAGAGAAAGAUUUGCAGAUUGCAUCCCUUUUGGCCUCCUCCAAAAUAAAACCUUGUGUGGUUACUCUGUUUACUGACACCGGGGAGCUUUCAUUGGCCUGUGCUAAAUUCUUUGAAUGGAAGGUUGGCUCAAAGCAUCCUGGAACGAGGCUUGAAAAAAGCUGCAAGCAGAGAUUGUCAUGGAGGCCAAAGAAA